UCAUUUAACUCCGACAUUGUCUCCUCCAUACACAUAAUCUUCACAGACAGAGAAAGGAGGAAAAUACUACAAGUCCGCGGUCUGUAACAGGUGCCAAGGAGUCGAGAAAUGGCGGCAAAUCCAAUAAGUGUGCCCGGAAAGGCACGCACCGUAAUGUUCGAGUCUAUCAGCGGCCGAGGUCCUCAAGGCGAGCCUCAUCUUCUCGGAAUAGACAAUGAGCAGAAGCCCUUCUACUCAAUGUCACGCUGCGUCCUUGCCGAAACUCUCAUCAAAGAUAUCUCAAAGACAGUCCACCGUGUAUUCUUCUACAACGAUGUCGAUGCCGCUGAUUGGAAUGAACUCCCCCCGGUCAGAAGACCCAUGUGGUCUUCUGGAACCCAGAACCUUUUCUUUCCUCACAACAGCACUGAUGCGUACACCUGGAACCAUCACCAUGCCGUUAUCGGCAAUGGUAUACCUCUCAGACAUCAGCGCUCACACACUGGAGUUGAGGUUCGGAUGGGUUCUGGAGGACCUAUCGGAGAGUGGCACCUCGAAGGUAUCUACCAUUACAAAGGCAUGGAACUUUACCCUGACCUCAAAUCUUAUCUUCGAGUUCCUUUUGGUAGCGCAACUUGCAUUAAGCUCAGCUUCGAAAUCGAUGACGAGGACGAUAACGGCAUGACGAUGAUGAUUUCGGGCGUGGAGAGCGUGGUCCCUGAACGACCUAUCUCACCGCUGGACUGGCAUGAUUCCGUCCGAGUUGACAUCGCGCAGGAAGGGCAUCCACAUAUAAUCUCGCUCAACAUGCGCUUCGUUGAGUCGCAACAUCCAGACCCUGAUGUUCCUCACAUGACUCGUGUUGCAAUCUUUAGUAUCAAAGAAAUUGCCUUGCUGGACACCGAUAAUACCACGAUUAAUGGGAGAAGAGUGCACAACUAUCAUUAUCACGUCAAAUUGAGGCACUAUCAGGGUUGGGACUCAAAGAAAAAGAGUUGAAAGGGUCAGAUUUCUAUGAUGAGAUUUGAUUCACGGCUACUAGAUAUCACUGCGACCUGUAUGACGGAAUCCUAGGCGAAAUAAAGAGUGUCCCGUUGCACAACCUUGAGAUUGCUUCCAUUAACUGACUGACAGCCAUCCUGAGCAACAUGAAUCACGCACACAUUCCGUCCGGCCUUAUUCUUCUUUGUUACCGUGAUGUAACUUUUACUUCUCCCUCUUACAACGGAU